CGGGGCUAUCCUAGGGUGGGGCCUGUGGACUGCGGCGUGUGGGGAGCUAUCGCGGCUCGGAUGGCCGGGCAGGUGAAGGACCGCGAGGCCUUCCAGAGGCUCAGCUUCCUGUACCAGGCUGCCCACUGCGUCCUCGCGCAGGACCCCGAGAACCAGGCACUGGCGAGGUUUUACUGCCACACGGAGAGGACCAUAGCGAAGCGGCUCGUAUUGCGGCGGGACCCUUCGGUGAAGAGGACCCUCUGUCGUGGCUGCUCUUCCCUCCUCAUCCCGGGCCUGACCUGCACCCAGCGCCAGAGACGCUGCAAGGCUCAGCGCUGGACUGUACAGACCUGCCUGACAUGCCAGCGCAGCCAACGGUUCCUCAACGAUCCUAGGCAUCUGCUCUGGGGAGACCGGCCUGAGGCCCAGCUGGGGAGCCAGGCAGACAUCAAGAACCUGAGCUUGGUGGCACAGUGGUUAGGAAUCUGCCUGCCAGUGCAGGGGACACGAGUUCGAGCCCUGGUCCGGGAAGACCCCACAUGCCGUGAGCAACUAAGCCCGUGCACCACAGCUACUGAGCCUGCACUCUAGAGCCCGCGAGCCACAACUACUGAGCCCGUGAGCUAUAGCUACUGAAGCCCGCGUGCCUAGAGCUCAUGCUCCACAACAAGAGAAGCCACUGCAGUGAGAGGCCCGCGCACCACAAUGAAGAGUAGACCCCGCUCGCUGCAACUGGAGAAAGCCCGCGGGCAGCAAUGAAGACCCAACGCAGCCAAAAAUAAUAAACAAAUAAAAUAAAUAAAUAAAAAUAAAACUUAAAAACAAAAAAACCAACAUGAAUUUGUUAUUUUACAGUUCUGGAUGUCAAAGUCUGAAAUAGUUUCACGAGGCUAAAAUCAAGAUGUCGGCGAGGCUGUGUUCCUUCUUCAGCCUCUAGGAGAGAAUCAGUUUCUUUGCCUUCUCCAGUCUCCAGAGGCUGCCUGCAUUUCUCAGCUUGUGGCCCCUUCCUCCGUCUUCUGAGUCAACAAUCAAAUCACUGUGACCUCUGACUCUGUCGUCGAAUCUCAUUCUCUAACUCUGACUCUCCUGCCUUCCUUUUUCACUUGUAAAGAACCCUGUGUUACAUUGGACCUGCCUGUAUAGUCCAGGAUAAUACUCCCAUCUCAAGAGCCAAAAAGUCCCUUUUGUCAUAUCAGGUGACAUUUUCACAUGUUCCAGGGAUUAAGACAUGGGCUUCUUUAGGAGACCAUUGUCAUGCCUACCACAUGACUUCACUGAUGUUUGCUCCCCAGAUUUUCAACUGUGGUGGAAACUGUUAUUCCUGUGUUAAUUUUUUUAUUCCUGGAAUACCAGAGUAGGGCUGUUUUUCUGAAAAAGCCUACACUGAUACAAGAAGAGCUGAAAAAUUGUGCUCCUAUUAUCCCAAAGUCUCCAAAUGGUGCUGAUUUCUUAAUAUGCAAUAGGUAUAAAUUAGGCAAUGAUCUUGCUGGGGCAAUGGAAGGAGGAAAAAAAGGAAUCAUCAGAAAGCCCCUGUCCCUUGUGCAUGGUGUCUGGUCCUCUUGGGCUCUGGGCUGCAAUUUUCCUGUCACAUUGACCCCAGCCAAUUCCUGACUGAAAGGGCUUUUAACAUGAUUUGUGUUCAGUUCUUGGACUUGUCAUCUUCUCUCUGUCCUCUCAUGUAUCUUCAUGUUUGUGUUUUUCUUCUCUUCCAACACUGUAGUCCUGCCUCGAUUCUUAUCAUUGUACUCUUCCUGGCUUGCACACAAGUAAGCCAAUUCUCCAAGAAGAAAUUCCAGACACCUCUUUGUUAUUUGUUAGUUACUGUUUUUAUUUGGCUGCAGAGUUUAUGGGGCAAGCUCUCAAGUUUCUUAACUUUCUAUUUUACAAAAUUGACUAUAGGGCUUCCCUGGUGGCACAGUGGUUAAGAAUCCACCUGCCAAUGCAGCGGACACGGGUUCAAGCCCUAGUCGGGGAAGAUCCCACAUGCCGCAGAGCAACUGAGCCCGAGCGCCACAACUACUGAGGCUGCGCUCUAGAGCCCGUGCUCCGCAACAAGAAAAGCCUGCGUACUGUAACAAAGAGUAGCACCUGGCUCGCCACAGCUAGAGAAAGCCUGCGUGCAGCAACGAAGACCCAAUGCAGCCAAAAGUAAAUAAAUAAAAUUAAUUAUUUUUUAAAAAUUGACUAUAAAAAUAAUGCAUACUCACACAGGAAAUGAAACAAUCAAAUUUGUAUAAAUAUAUUUUUAAAUCUCUUCCAUCACUAAACCCACACCCACUUUACUGAGGUAAUUAAUAUUAUCAAUCUACUCCCUAUAUUUUCGAUUUCUCCAUUUUAAUAAACACUUGUAUUGAGGGAGUUCCCUGGUGGUCCAGUGGUUAAGAUUCUGUGCUUCCACUGCAGGGGUCACAGGUUCAAUCCCUGGCCUGGGAACUAAGAUCCCGCAUGCCACAUGGCGUGGCCAAAAAAACAAAAAACAGAAAGCAACAACAACAACAAAACUACAUUGGGUGUUUUUCUCUCAUAGCUUCUUUUUUUAAGCAAAGAAACACACUAAUUUUACUUGACACAAUCAUUCUUAACAACUUGAGAUAUAAAUCACAUACCAUACAAUUCACGCAAAGUGUACAAUUUGGUGGUUUUAAUAUAUUAACAGAGUUGUGCCACCAUUACCACAAUCAAUUCUAGAACACUUAUCACCCCCGAAAGAAACACCAUACUCAUUAGCUGUCACUCUCCAUUUCCCCCAAGACCCCAGUCUUAGGCAACUACCAACGUAUGUUUUAUUUCUACAGAUUUCCUCUUCUGAAUAUUACACAUAAAUUAAAUCAUACAAUAUGUGGCCUUUUGGGUCUGACUUCUUUCACUUAGGAUAAUGUUUUAGAGGUUUAUCCUUUUUGUAGCAUUAUUAGUACUUCCUUUCUUCCCUUCUUCUUCCUCUUCUUCUUUUUCUCCUCCUUCUCCCCUCCCCCUUCUUCUUCCUCUUCCUCUUCUUCUCUCCUCCUCCUUCUUCUUCUUUGCUGAAUAAUAUUCCAUUGUAUAGACAUACUACAAUUUGUUUAUUCAUUUAUUAUUUGACAAACGUUUGGGUUGUUUCCAUUUUUUGCUAUUAUAAAUAAUCUUGUUAUAAACACUUGUGUACAAUGUUUUUGUGUGGACGUGUUUUUAUUUCUCUUGAAGUGCUUACUUUGGUCUAAAUGCUGUUACACUGUAGGUUCACUGUAGAUGGGCUGCUUGGCAGAACAGAGGCUCAGGUGACUUACUGCCUCUGUGAGUCACUUCCUCUUCUGCCCAGCCUGGCUCUUCUAUUAUAGUGACAUCACGGUUAAUGAUGUAUUGGAAGUGGUGUAGAAUCAGAAUUUGAGAUUGUGAUUAAUGACUGUGUUUAAAAUCACAGUUUCAUGACCAUUAGGGUUUAUCUUAAACUUUCCUCUCUGGUAUCCCAUUGUAUCCAGUUGAGAGAGAACUCCAGCUCCCUGUACACUAGGACAUGUAGAUCUGUCCACAGUGCUGAAAUUCCACCAACUCCAUGAAUGGCCUUCUUAUUGUGGAAAAUUGCUCUACCAUUGAAUUUGUACAUUCGUUAUUUAUAAGUUUAGAGCAUCUGAGUUACUGAACAAUCCAGCAAUAAUUUGGGAAAAUAACAUAUAGAAAGAUCCACAAAAUAUUCUCUUAUGCCCUAUACUGAAAUGUACAGAACAAAACAAAAAUAGACCACAGAAUGAGUGAGAAGUUUAUCUUUAAGUUUUUUUUUGUUUUUUGGGGGUUUUUUUUUGCGGUACGCGGGCCUCUCACUGUUGUGGCCUCUCCCGUUGUGGAGCACAGGCUCCAGACGUGCAGGCUCAGCGGCCAUGGCUCACAGGCCUAGCCGCUCCGCGGCAUGUGGGAUCUUCCCAGACCGGGGCACGAACCCGUGUCCCCUGCAUCGGCAGGCGGACUCCCAACCACUGUGCCACCAGGGAAGCCCUAUCUUUAAGUUUUUUAUCAGGAUAUAAAUAAAUUCAGUAUUGUGGAGGAAAGAGAAAGAAUUCAGAUUUCAAUUAACUUUGAUUAUCCCCUCCCAAUUUAUUAUCCUUUUUAACCUCACAAGACAUUUCAAUUUUUUCCAUAGUUUAUCUUCAUUCAAUGUUAUGCACACACUUACCCUUAUUUCUUGUUUAUUUUUUAUUUAAACUCACACCCUCCUCCUGAGACCUCUCCUUUUGCCUGAAGUACAUUCUUCAGAGUUCCUUUAGUAAUGGUCUGUUUGUGUCAAAUUGUCUGCCUUUGGAAAAUCCCAUUGAAAUUUUAGUUUUAAUUAUUGUGUUUUUAAAAAUUAAUUAAUUAAUUUUGGCUGCGUUGGGUCUUCGUUGCUGCGUGCAGGCUUUCUCUAGUUGCAGAGAGCGGGGGCUGCUCUUCGUUGAGGAGCACGGGCUCUAGGCGUGCGGGCUUCGGUAGUUGUGGCUCGCGGGCUUCGUUGCUCUGUGGCAUGUGGGAUAUUCCUGGACCAGGGCUCAAACCCAUGUCCCCUGCAUUAACAGGCGGAUUCUUAACCACUGUGCCACCAGGGAAGUUCCUAUAUUUUCAUUUAUAAAAUGUUGUAUAUAAUUCUUUUCAAAUUUUCUUGGAUAUUCUUUACAAUUUCUUAUUAGCUGAAAAUAUUUAAAAUUUUGUCUUUUAUUCACAGUAAGAAUAAGCUAUUUUAUAACCUAUUUUUAUUACUCUAAUUUAAAAGUUAUAGGAUUCUGUUGUUUGUUUUUUCUGUUUCUUCUUUCAAGGUAUCUUGUUUCUUGUGAACAUAUAUUUUCUUUUUUAGUGUUAAGUAUUCAUUUUGCUUAUGAAAUGAUUUUUGGAAUUUUCAAAGCAUGGAUGAUAGUAGAUUCCUCCAGACCUAGCUUGUGUUUCCUUUCACCAGAUUCCUUGGAGUAUGGCCUUCUUAAUCCUGAAUUCAUGGCAUGCUAAUAUUCAGAACAUCCAUGUAAUAUGAACUUGGGUUGUAAAUCCAUAAGAGAGAACACCUGUGGUUAAAACUUAGGGUGCUUCAAAUGAAGCACGAAUGUAUGCUAUCAAGAGACAUGGAGAUAACAAAAAAAACAUAAGCAAAAAAAAAACCCAUAAGCCAAAAGGCUUGAAAAUAGUUGUUUUCCAGAAAAGGGGUAGAAGGGAAUGGUUGGGAGAAAGUGGAGGAGAGAUGGUAUUUUGCUACUGGCAAGGCACUGUGUAACUUUUUCUUUUUUUUCUUUUUUGCUGAGCCACUUGUGGGAUCUCCCUGACCAGAGAUGGAACCGGGCACUCGGCAGUGAAAGCGUGGAGUCCUAACCACUGGACCACCAGGGAAUUACUGACGCAUUGUGUAACUUAAUGAAGGGGGAAGUGGACAGUUCAGGCAGCCAGCCUCACUCAGAGAAUAGGGUUCCAAGGAGUGGUGACGGGUCUGUGGGUUCCUGAAACCUCUUCUCCUGAGCUGGGGGCGGUGGUGAUGAUGGUGGGAUGAAUUGGGAGAUAAGGAUUGACAUACAUACACUAUGUAUAAAAUAGAUAGCUAAAAAGAACCUGCUGUAUAAAAAAAAUAAAAUUUUAAUUUUUUUUUAAAAAGAAAGAAAAAAGAAAAUAACAAGUAUUGGCAAACCUGUAGAGAAAGCAGAACACUUGCAAACUGCUGGUGGGAAUAGAAAAUGGUGCAGGACAAAAGAGUACAAUUUAAUGAGGGGAUUAUUUUAAUAGAUGUGUGUGUGAAAAGGGUGUGAGCAGUUACCAGUUCUCUUAGAAAGAGCAGGGAUUCCGAGCUUUCACGGAGGGGGCACGGGUUUGAUCCCUGGUCGGGGAAAUAGGAUAGCCACGUGGCAUGACUGAAAAGAUAAAUAAAUACAUUUUUAAAAUGAUAAAUAAAUAAAUGGGUAUGUGUGGUUUUAUAAAACACUGGCAGAGAGGCUGUACCUUUUUGCAUUCCCACCAGCAACGAAUGAAACUUCCUAUUGUUCCAUGUCCUCACCAUCAUUUGGUGUUAUCAGCGUUUUGGAUUUUAGCCAUUCUAAUAGAUGUGUAGUGGUAUUUCAUUGUUGUUUCAAUUUGCAAUUAUCUAAUGAUAUAUCAUGUGGAACAUAUUUUCAUAUACUUAUUUUCCAUCUGUAUAUCUUCUUUGGUAAGGUGUGAAGUGUCUGUUCAGAUUUUUUGCCCAUAUUUUAUUGGGCUGUUGGUUUUCUUAUGGUUGGGUUUUUUGUUUGUUUGUUUGUUUGUUUUUGCGGUACGCAGGCCUCUCACUGCCGUGGUCUCUUCCGUGGCGGAGUACAGGCUCCGGACGCGCAGGCUCAGCGGCCAUGGCUCGCGGGUCCAGCCGCUCCACCGCAUGUGGGAUCUUCCCGGACUGGGGCACGGAACCCAUGUCCCCUGCAUCGGCAGGCGGACUCUCAACCACUGCGCCACCAGGGAAGCCCUCUUAUGGUUGAGUUUUAAGAGUUCUUUGUGUAUUUUGAGCACCAGUAUUUUAUCAGAUAUGUGAUUUGCAAAUAUUUUCUCCCAGUUUGUGUCUUGGCUUUUAUUCUUUUUAACAAUGUCUUUCACAAAGCGGAAGUUUUUCACAAGUUCAAGUGCUUAGCAAACUCCAAACCAGGAUAAAUACUGUAUGAGAUGGCUUAUAUGUGGAAUCGAAAAUAUACAACAGACUAUGAAUAUAACGUAAAAAGAAGCAGACUCAUAGAUAUAGACAACAUGCUAGUGGUUACCAGUGUGUGUGUGGGGGCAACUUAGGGCUGGGGGAUUGGGAAGUUCAAACUAUUGGGUGUAAGAUAGGCUAAAGGAUGUAUUGUACAAUGUGAGGAAUAUAGUAAUAGUUGUAAAUAGAAAGUAACCUUUAAAAUUUUUAUAAAGUAAAAAUAAUUUAAGAAUAUAAAAACUUUUUUUUUAAUUAAUUAAUUUAUUUAUUUUGGCUGCAUUGGGUCUUCGUUGCUGUGCGUGGGGCUUUCUCUAGUUGCGGUGAGCAGGGGCUACUCUUCAUUACGUUGCGCGGGCUUCUCAUUGCAGUGGCUUCUCUUAUUGCGUGCAGAGACAGGCUCUAGGCGUGCGGGCUUCAGUAGUUGUGGCAUGCGCUCUCAGUAGUUGUGGCGCAUGGGCUUAGUUGCUCCGAGGCAUGUGAGAUCUUCCCAGACCAGGGCUCAAACCCGUGUUCCCUGCAUUGGCAGGCGGAUUCUUAACCACUGCGCCACCAGGGAAGCCCAAUAAAAACUUUUAAGUCUGUAUAAUGCUACUCUUUGUAUAAGAAAGACUAAAAAAUAUUUAUAACAUGUGUGUUUAUUUUUGUAAAAAGAAACUGUGUAAGAAUAAAACAGAAACCAAUAAAAAUGGUUACUUGAAGGGAGAAGGAAGAAACUGAUGGGGAGUAUACGAUAAACAUACUUGUCUGAGUACAUUUUUUUUUAAUUAAUUUAUUUUUUGGCUGUGUUGGGUGUUCACUGCUGCGCCCACGGGCUUUCUUUAGUUGUGGCGAGCAAGGGGCUACUCUUCAUUGCCAUGUCCGGGCUUCUCAUUGCAGUGGCCUCCCUUGCUGCAGAGCAUGGGGUCUAGGUGUGCAAGCUUCAGUAGUUGUGGCUCGUGGGCUCAGUAGUUGUGGCGCACGGGCUUAGUUGCUCCAUGGCAUGUGGCAUCUUCCCCGACCAGGGAUCGAACCCAUGUCCCCUGAACUGUCAGGAGAAUUCUUAACCACUGUGCCACCAGGAAGUCCCAUGAGUACAUUUUAAAAAUCUUAUUUCUACUUUUGAACUUUGAAAGUAUUUUACAUAUUUUAAAUGAACUUAAUAUAAAAAAUCAGUCUAAAAUUGAAAACUAAAACAUAUGAACCUAUUUAUUUUCAUAUUUUGAGGUAACCAUUAAGAGAAAAUAAUUAUUUUAGGUGACUUUUGAAUACAGUACUCUGUAUAUCCUUCAUGGUAAAUAUUCUAAAGACUAAAAGAACAGCUAGUAAAUAUUAAAUUUCACUCAGUAAUUUUAUUGUUAGUAGUAUUAAAUAUUGCAAUUUUGAAAUUAUUUUACGCAUAUUUUAGGAUAAAAUGAAUAGAUAAAUACAUCAAAGUUAUUAAGAUUUUCAAUUAGCCUGAUAAAAGAUAUAAAAUACAAAAUUAAAGAAGUUGAGAGAAAACUACAAUGUAAAAUUUGAAUUGGAAAUAUCACAAUGAAUUCAUGAUUUUUCUAAACACUAAAAGUGUCUUAAAGCAGUGAUACCUCUAUAGCAAUGAGCUCUCCGAGAACCUAAACAGUGGUUUGUAUAUACCAUUAUUCGUGAAAAGAACCAGUGCUCCUUGGAGAAAUGGCCGAUUCCAUGUCUGAAGCGCGGGAAAAUAAAAACUGAGCCUGGGACCUCAUCACGCCAGAAGCAAGAAAGUGGUCAAGACAACUUCGGGGCAUGUCAAAAGGACACAGGAGUCAGCUUAAAAGGGCUCCUACUGGACACAUUUGAUACAGUUUGAGCACAAAAGGAAUAAUGACUGUAACUGAUUAUAAAAUACUAAAUGGAUUAAAAACCCUGGAUCUAUAGUUUAAAAAAAAAGACUAUAACUUUCUACCCUUGUAGAUUAAUAUACCACCACCUUACUCUGAAAAUUGGCAAUUAAAUGGAAAUAAUUAAGCAUUUGUCGUGGCUUUUUAGAAGGAGCCCUACUUUUCCAGUUGAUGAGGGAAAGCUCCUCUCUAGAUUAAUAUCUCCUUAUAAAUGGGGGCGUGGGAGAAGUCGAAAAGCACCAUUUUGUAAUUCCUGAUGAAAUAACUCAUUCAGGCAAGGAUCACUAUGGAUGCCAAUUAUUGGGUGAAAGCUUUUUUAGAAUAUUCAGUGUCAGGAAUUCCCUGGUGGUCCAGUGGUUAGGACUCCAUGCUCUCACUGCCAGGGGCCUGGGUUUGAUCCCUGGUUGGGGAACUAAGAUCCCGCAAGGUAUGUAGUGCAGCCAAAAAAAAAAAAAAAAAAAAAAAUCACAGUGUCAAAGAACCAUGCAGAUGACUUGCUAAUUGCAAAGGGGAACAGUUUACCUUCAUAGGACAUUUCGGACAGUAUCCACCUUAACCAAGUGAUUACACUUAGCAUCAUUAGCUAUGGUAUGACCUCUUAUUACAUGCAUUCCAAUGUGAGGCAAUGUGAAGAACGCAGCACUUUUGAAGAAUUAGUCCCAAAAUUGGGUAACUAGAAUCUAAUUUUUUUAAUUAAAAAAAUAUGAGCUAGAGGAACAAGUUAAAUGGCAGCAUAGAAACAAUAAGACAAAUCCAGAAUGUAGGACAUUCUAUAGAAGAGACUGGCCUAGUCUCUUCAAACAGUCAGUUCUAUGAAGAAAAAGACUGGAUUCUUCUGGAUUAAAAAGAAAAGGGGGGCUUCCCUGGUGGCGCAGUGGUUGAGAGUCCGCCUGCCGAUGCAGGGGACACGUGUUCGUGCCCCGGUCCGGGAAGAUCCCACAUGCCGUGG